GGCCGGAGGGCCGUCCCUGCUCCCCCGUCUCUGCUCAUUCAUGCUGGGCGCUCAGCACUAGCAGCUCCGAGCAGCGGCCGUCGAGCCACAUCUCCGUCAAAGCACAGACCCGCUUCCUCGCGCAGAUAGAAAGCGUCGUGACUGCACACUAGUAGCCACCAUGGCAGAAGCUCACCAGGCGGUGGCCUUUCAGUUCACAGUCGGCCCUGAUGGCAUCGACCUACAUUUAUGCCACGAGGCUCUCCGCCAGGUCUACCUCUCUGGCCUUCACUCCUGGAAGAAGAGGUUCAUUCGCUUUAAGAAUGGCGUAAUGACUGGUGUGUACCCUGGUAGUCCAGGUGGGUUCAUGAUAGUGGUCGUGUCCUACAUGUCAUACAACAAAUAUAGACAGCUGGAUCCAUCCCUGGGGUUGGUUGCCAAGCUGGGAGAAUACAUACCCAUCAGCCAACACAUGACCACAGACAGCCAGAGGAUAGUUGGAGGAGUUGUAGUGGGCACAGGCCUGUGGGUUACCAUAAUAAUGAUUAUGAGGAAUGUCCUGAAGAGCCUCCUGUCGUGGCACGGCUGGAUGCAGGCACGCCACGGCACUGUGCCCUUGUCUACUCGGCUGUGGAUGCUGCUGGUGAAGAUAUUCUCUGGCAGGAAGCCAAUGCUCUACAGUUUCCAAAGCUCCCUGCCACGUCUACCCGUCCCCUCCGUCAAGGACACCUGCAGAAGGUACCUGGAGUCAGUGCGUCCCCUGAUGGAUGAUGAGCAGUUUGACAGGAUGUCCGGGUUGGCUAAAGACUUUGAGAAGAAUCUGGGACCCAGACUGCAGUGGUAUCUUAAACUUAAGGCAUGGUGGGCGUCUAACUAUGUUAGUGACUGGUGGGAAGAGUACAUUUACCUGAGAGGCCGCGGACCCAUCAUGGUCAACAGCAACUAUUACGCCAUGGACUUUCUGUAUGUGUUCCCCACAUCCGUCCAGGCUGCCCGGGCGGGUAAUGCCAUCCACGCCAUCAUGAGCUACAGACGAAAACUGGACAGAGCUCAGAUCAAACCAAUAUACUUGCUGGCGAACAAGGUUCCUCUGUGUUCUGCUCAGUGGGAGCGAAUGUUUAACACCUCCCGCAUUCCUGGUGUGGAGACAGAUACAAUUCAGCACGUGAAUGAGAGCAAGCACAUUGCUGUGUACCAUAAGGGACGUUUCUUCAAGGUGUGGAUGUUUUAUGAUGGGAGGUUACUGUUGCCAAGGGAGAUCGAGCAGCAGAUGGAGAGGAUCCUGGCAGACAAGUCAGAGCCUUUGCCAGGAGAGGAGACGCUAGCAGCACUUACUGCUGGGGAAAGGACUCCCUGGGCCAAGUGUCGUGACACAUAUUUCAGCCGUGGUAGGAACAAGCAGGCUCUGGAUGCCGUCGAGAAGGCAGCUUUCUUUGUAACCCUUGAUGACACUGAGCAGCGUUACGAUGUCAACAACAAAGUCAAAUCUCUGGACAGUUAUGCCAAGUCCCUGCUCCACGGAAAGUGCUACGACAGGUGGUUUGAUAAGUCCUUUAAUCUGAUAGUUUUCAAGAAUGGCACCAUGGGACUGAACGCAGAGCACGCCUGGGCUGAUGCUCCAAUCAUUGGCCACUUGUGGGAGCAUGUUCUUUCCACGGACCCUAUUAAACUGGGAUAUACAGAAGACGGUCACUGCCAUGGGGAGCCCCAUCCCAACCUGCCUGGUCCUCAGAGGAUGCAGUGGGACAUCCCUGCUGAGUGCCAGGAGGUUAUCCAGCACUCACUGACAGUUGCCAGGAGACUGGCUGAUGAUGUGGACUGUCACAUUAUCCCAUUCCACGAGUUUGGAAAGGGGAGGAUUAAGAAGUGCCGCACCAGUCCUGAUGCCUUCAUCCAGAUGGCCCUACAGCUGGCCCAUUACAGGGACAAAGCAAAGUUCUGCCUGACGUACGAAGCAUCCAUGACCCGCUUGUUCCGCGAAGGUCGCACAGAAACAGUGCGUUCUUGCACCAUGGAGACGUGCAAUUUUGUCCGUGCCAUGAUAAGAGACGAGACUAGAGAGGAAUGCCUAAGGUUGCUCAAAGCUGCUGCAGAGAAACAUCAGAGCAUGUACCGCUUGGCAAUGGUAGGGGAGGGCAUCGAUCGCCACCUUUUCUGUCUCUACGUUGUUUCCAAAUACUUGGGAGAAGACUCAGCAUUCCUUAAGGAGGUCCUGUCUGACCCGUGGAGGCUUUCCACCAGCCAGACUCCUUUGCAGCAGGUCGAACUGUUUGAUCUCGUCAGAUACCCAGAAUAUGUGUCGUCAGGAGGUGGAUUUGGUCCUGUGGCUGAUGAUGGUUAUGGUGUCUCCUACAUCAUUGUCGGCGAAGACCUCAUCAACUUUCACAUCUCCAGCAAACACUCGAGUCCAGAAACUGACUCUCACCGUUUUGGUGGCAAUAUCAAACGGGCCAUGUUGGACAUGCUUGACCUCUUCCAGCUUGACAACAAAGUCACCAAGUGAUGGCCACCACGUAUCUCCUCAUUUGUGGAAUGAACACAAAAAACUGUUUGGGCAAAAUUUAUAUUCUUUCUGAGGCGUGUAUGGAUUCAGUUAUUGGAUUUGGGGUUAUUUUAAUUUAAUUAAUCUUAGAGAAAUAAGGAUUAUUAAAGAUAGUUGGACAAAUUAAAUAAUAUGUUUUUGAACAUAUUAUACAUGCUGUAUGUUUAGGAAAAUUGAGCCUUUGGUAAAGAUUGUACACAUAAAAGUAUUUAUUUACAGAACUGUACUUACUGGUGCCUUAGUGACCCAUUAAUGUUCAAAAAAGGGCAGAAAGGGAGGAGACAAAUCGAAUCUGAGAUUGAGCCUAUAUUAAGUCAGUGACUGACAGUUUAAGUUAAAGAUUUGCUCAGUAGCAUUAGCCAAGUUGCAAUUAUGUUUUAAGUUGAGAGGGUGCAAUAUUUUUACCGGUUGCUAUUCCUAUACUCACCAAAGCAUCAACCUCGACAUUAUAUAUCAACCCAUUUUCAGAUGCUAGAUGCACUACAAUUUGAAAUGACUCAAAUUAAGAGACUGUUCUGUAGGGCUGAACAGCUGUAACCCUGAUGGAGUAGAAAUGAUUGAUCUGUAAUAAUAGCAAGAAUUAUACUCAGCUUUGAAGUAAAAGGUGACCCAGCACAGCAUUGCAACCUAUAGGACAGAGAGUUGGUCCCACCGUCUCAUUUCCAUUGCCUUUUGGACUCAAGUGUACAGUCAGUGUUUUUGUUCAGUUUCAGCUGCUGCGUUUUGACUUUGUAGAGAUGAAGGCAGAUGACAUUUGUGUGCCUGUGUGUCAUUUUCACGAAUAGCUUUUGCUAACUUGGCUUGUUAUCCUUAGGUGCAGCGUAUAGCAUUAAAAAAUAGUGCUUAUUCUGGGAUGCUGUUGUAGACAUUGAAAUGCAGUGCAAUAAGCUGGGAGGUAGUAUAGCAUGGCAUUUGGUGGGUUUUUUGUUUGUUCUUUAACACAGUGUGGUCAUCUGUAACUUUUUUCUCAUCAAAAAAUACCCUAUGUUUUGCACUCCAUGAUUUCCCUUACGUUCAAAGUUACCAGUACUUAACCACUUCUGUUACACCAACGAGGAUGGUAAACGUUUCUUAGCACUGUGUCAGGUGGUCAAUUACAAUAGAGGUUUGCAGCUCUUGUUGCCUUGUUGAGAUGAUGUGUAAGGACUUAUCUCUCCAUGACUGAAGGAAAUCCUAGUUUUUCUUGCAAUGACUUUGACAAAAGGUGAAUACAGUUGGAAUUGUCAUGUAUAUGGAUGCUUUUUUUAUGUAUAUGUUGUCAAUUCACCGCAUAUAAACUUUCCCAUGUUUUAACUUUAAUUCACACACAUCCAUAUUUAUGGGCUGAAUGUGGCAAACUACAAGUACUAAGUUUUUUUUUUUUUUUUUACUUAAGAAGUAAAACAGAUUAGCUUUUCUUUUUUUGUUGUUGGACAAAACUUAUUUGCCAUUAGACUUUGCCAGUAUGUUCAUGUUUGGCAUUUUAUUUCAGCAGACGUCAUGUUUACAGUGCUGCAUGUAUCUUGAAGAUGAAGCUGUAUAUGUUUGCCUUUUAAUUUAAAGAUAUGUAAAAAAAAAAAAAAAAGACAAGCAGCUGAUAUACCAAACAAAAAUUUUAACAAUAAAGUGAAUGUCAGACAGCG